CCACCCUUCCCAACCUGGUUCAUCUCUAGACGGGAAAAAAAAAGUCGCCCUCUCAGCGAAAAAAAAAAACGAGAGCGAGAGGAAUAAACGAAAAAAUAUAUCCUCCUCCCCCCCACAUAAAAACCGCCCUUUAGUGAUUUUUAAAAAAAGGGGACAUGUCUUCAGGACGUCUUUGUUUCUCACAAUCCGUCAUAAAUGAUGUCCUCCGUGCCAUCGUGUCAAGGCCAAUAACUGUGUCUCCAAGUACAACCGCUCGCUGCCCCAGUACCAAGUCAUAUCGACAUGCGCAUCAUCAGGCACUUUGUUCACCAUUAUCACCCUGGCAACUAGAAACUCCAUGGACUAGGGUUCCAUACCGAUGGAUGCCCUCGCUGGAACGCCGCAUGUAUACCUCACGGGCGCUGUCCGUGGUGGACGCUGAAGACGAUCAUCGAUGGCACGAUCUAGAAAGUUUAGUCGACGAGCAACAACAACAGCAACAACAGCAAAUGCAACUUGGAAAACAAGCCAAUGCUUGGAACCAUCGACCUUCAAACAAAAAAUGCGUCGUACGGCGCGAGUUGGCAGGUGGACGGGUGGUAAAUAUACUCGGAACCAGGUGGAAAAAGCCAAAAAGGAAGCCACGGACGGUCGAGGAUUACAACCGGGCGAUCAUGUUUGCCGUCAUGGACAACCGAUUAAACAAGGCCGUGACAUAUGUACGCGAAAUGGAACGGCGGCUAAUUUCACUGGACACAUACACGUAUACCAUCAUCAUCAAUGGCUACAGCAAGCUUUCAGAUAUGGAGCGCGCGCAAAAAUGGUUCCGGCGCAUGAAACGGAAUGGAAUUGAACCAGACGUGUAUACCUAUACAAGCUUGAUAGAUGGCUACAUGCGCGUAGCAGACGUGGCAAGUUCGGAGGCAAUGUUUCGAGGGAUGAUGCUCAAGGGCAUUCGACCGACCCUGGUGACGUAUAAUGUGUUGAUGCACCAUUCAGUCCGACAACUGGAUGUUAGCACGGCCGUGCGGUUCUGGAGCAGGCUCGUGGAUGCUGGAUUACAGCCGGAUGCGUACACUUUUGCUAUCAUGAUGCAUGGACUUGGCGACGAGGGCCGUGUGGACCAAGCAUGGAGGCUGUAUGAGGAAAUGAAGAAGGAAAACGUCGACGUGAAUGAAGUGGUUGCAACGACGCUGAUGGGAAUCCAUGUCAAGCAUCACGAUAACAGCUAUGCUAUUGAGCUUUUCCGCAAGUUUUUCGAAUCUGGACGUGGUGAUAUCGCACCUACCCCUUAUACCCGCAACGUGAUGCUGAAUGCCGUUGUCGCCAACGCCAACCUAUCGACAAUCCACAAAUACUACGACCAGUUUUUGCAAGAAUUGGCGGAUUCGGACAAACAACAAGCCACGGCAGCGUCGGAUCACUCUUUACUGUUCAAUGGUGCAAGCGUUUACACAUACACCACGUUUAUGCGCGCUUUCCUACGAAGAGAUGCAUUACCCAUGGUUAGCCAAGUAUACCAAGACAUGCGCGCACGGCACGUCAAGCCUACCAUGGUGACCUAUGCUAUUUUGAUGCUGGCCCACUCGUAUAUCCCAGAUCCCGACUCUUGCGUGCGGAUACUCACUGAACUCAGGCAUGCCGGCUUCCGGCCAAACGUGGUGCUCUACACGAUUGUCAUGAGAGCUUGGGCCAAGGCAGGACGCUGGGAUGAAAUGAAAAAGACAUAUGCAGAUAUGAAGGCUGACAAUAUUGAACCCAAUAAGUCUACCAUGUCCGUGCUACAAUGGGGCAGCGAACACAGUCGACCGAUGGACGAUAGACCGUUGGACGAUAGACCGUUGGACGAUCGACCGAUGGACGAUCCACCGAUCGAUGACUAAUUCAAGAUAAUCAUUAUAAAACACCCACCUUCCUCCACCGACACACACAUACAAUGUAGUAUAUCUCCCACUUGCAUCUCCCCCCAUUCCACUCUCUUUUCCUUAUAUUGACCAUGUACAGCACAUUGCCAGUUUUUUUUUUACAAAAUAAUAUGUAAUAACGACAAUUUUAAAAAAAGA